GUUCCGUGUCUGGAUGCCUGUCAGUGUAGGUGAAGCUCUCCUGCCUACCUCCUCUCCCUUUUCUCCUUCUCUUCAUCACUGAAGACCUUCUACUCAUCUUCCUCCUCCAACUUUGUUCGUAUUGAUACCAGCCGACUCCCAGGCCCCGCUUAGUGGAUCAAGGGAAUUGUAAAGUGCUAAGGUGUGCGUGUGUGCUUUUGUAUGUGUGUGUGUGCGCCAGACACCCGCCCGCCCGUCCGUACUGUUCUCCUCCCCAACAUCCUGCCUCGUUGUGUCGGUCAUGACGCUGGAAGCGAUCCGCUACCGUGCCGGGUCUCUGCAGAUCCUCAACCAGCUGCUACUGCCUCAACAGACCGUCUACGAUGACAUCCGCUCGGUGCAGGACGCAUACGAGGCCAUUAAGUCCAUGAAGGUCCGGGGUGCCCCAGCAAUCGCCAUUGUAGGUUGCCUGAGUUUGGCUGUGGAGUUAAGGGCAGGGGCAGGUGGCGACGACCCGGUGACAUUCAUCAGAGAAUCUUUGUGUCACCUGACAUCAGCCAGGCCUACAGCUGUUAACAUGGGACGUGCUGCCCGCGAGCUAAUGGAGUUUGCUGAGAAUGAGAGCAUGGAGAAAAACUCAGAGCAGCUGAGAGAAAGUGUAAUAGCAUGGAUUGAAGACAUGCUGGAACGAGACGUCAAUGACAACAAAAAGAUCGGUAACUAUGGCGCCCAGCACAUCCUUUCGGGAGUCCCAAGAGACUCUGUGACCAUCCUCACACACUGCAACACGGGCUCACUUGCCACGGCUGGAUAUGGCACUGCACUAGGAGUGGUGCGAAGCCUCCAUGCGCUAGGGAGGCUGAAACGUGUCUACUGCACGGAGACCAGGCCAUACAACCAAGGGUCUCGACUCACAGCCUACGAAGCUGUUGCAGAGGGAAUUCCUGCUACACUCAUCACAGACAGCAUGGCGGCCCUCACCAUGAGAGAAAUGAACAUAACAGCUGUGGUAGUUGGCGCAGACAGGGUGGUUGCUAAUGGUGACACAGCCAACAAAGUGGGUACAUACCAGUUAGCCAUUUCUGCCAAGCAUCAUGGGAUUCCUUUCUACGUGGCGGCUCCUAGCACUUCAUGUGACUUAAGCCUAGAAAGUGGCAGGGAUAUCAUAAUCGAAGUUCGUCCACCUGAGGAACUCACCAGUAUAAAUGGAAUACCCAUUGCUGCUUCUGGGAUCGAGGUGUGGAACCCGGCAUUUGACGUGACUCCUCACCAGCUCAUCACCGGAGGCAUCAUUACAGAGCUUGGAGUCUUCCUCCCUUCAGAGCUCCAGGCAGCCCUCACUGGCCGCCUCACUGCCCUCUAGAUCUCCACCUGCUGGCACUUUGGCGCCACUGCACCUUACUUUCAGUCACUCAAGGACACUAAUUUAACCAUUACGCACACAGUCAUAUUGUAAUUAAAUUUUGAUUUGGGGGGGAAAAACACACACAGCAAAAACACACUCAUACACAAGAUGAACACACUGCAGGGAGCCAAACAGGCGUGCAGUUACCCUCAUUAUUUUCUAUAUUUUUCUUACUAUAAUUACUCCAAUCUCACAGUUGUCAUGCUGCUCAUAAUUUUCAGCUGCUUCUUUCUCUUUAUGUUAGUGCUCAGCUGACUCUAAUCUUUCAAAUGCAUUUGGCAACAAAUUUUGAGUCUUAACUGAGGAGGAUUUUCAGGACAACAAGAAACAACCAUACAAAUUGGACCGGGUUUCAUACUAAAGUUAGGAUUCUAAUCAGCUAUGGUUUCUCAAAAUGCUGCUGUCCACUUGUAAAUACAUUUGGGUCCUUGCUGGUAGUAUGUACAUAAUGUAGGAAACAAUCCCACUGUUACUGCUGGUUUAGAUAAUUCAAAUGACACAUGGUGGCAUCAAAAUGUUAUAUUAACAUUUUUUUUUCGUCUGUAUAGACACUUUAGUGGGAGUGUCAUACAAGGUUUUAAUGCAUUAACCUAUAUGGCAACAUUUUGAAAAAAGUUGAAUAUCCUGAUGGGCCCUUAUGAUACAAUAUGGCUACUUAUCAUAUACUCCUACUUUAUCUUAUCCACUUGCAGUAUAUAUGUAGCUAUUCUUUUUUCCAAACCACACUCACCAUAUUAAUUGUAUACUGCACUCAUUAGAAUAAAAAAUAUAGAGAAGGGAAAGAGUAGCACCAUUUUUUUCCUGUGACUUCUCAAAUCUACAAAGCAGUGCGUAUUUCAUCACCAGGAAUGUAAAUCACCAAUUUCAUGACGAUACGAUAUCGAUUCUUUAGAGAACUAUACAACAAUUGCCGAGUAUUAACCAUGUCUGCCACAAUUUGAUUUGAUUCGAUUUAGUACAAUACGUACUCAUUUAACACAAUCGUUUAACAAAAAGCAAUAAAAAAACAACAAAAAAACAAAGCAAUUUGGAUGUUUUGAAGAAGUGUGUCACCGAAACAUUUCAGACAUUUGAAUGAAAACAAUUUUUACUAAAACAGCUUAUCUUAGAAACGAAGAUUUAAUGGAGGUUUUGCGUUUUGAUUUAAUUGUGCUUAACCAAUAUAUAUAACAUAUAUAUAUGGCGGAAAACACUUAGGUGACUUGAAGUUACGCUCUGAGACCCCCAAUUUGGCCAAAUUUCAAAAUUGUCCCAUAUGCAUGUGUGAUACAUCAUUGGAAAGCUUAAAAUCUGGGGGAAGAAAAAUUCUGAACAGGAGGGCAUUUAAAAAAAACACCAAACAAACCCUAAACCCUAACUCGAGGUGAGAGCAUGAGGGAGCAUAAUUAAAGACUUUAUGAUUUUAACGAGAUAUUAUCACGUACUUACCUUUUUCGAUCCAAACACUCCAUGUAGCAUGUCUCACCCAGUGUCAAGACACUGUUACGAAUGGCCUUAGCUGGACUUUUGAUGGGAUUUCAUGGGUGAAACGCGGUAAUAUGACAAGGGUCGCAAUGCAGAAAUGGCAGACAUCAAGGAGUGGUCGAGAUUUUCUUUUUCAAAUAUUACCCCUUUUAAACUUUUUUUUUUCUUUCCUUGUUUGGAUUGAUUAUCAUUUAAAAUAUUAGGGAAAAUGCAACAGUAACAAAAAACAUACAGUACAAUACAGUUAAGCGAUAGUUAUUAGGUAAAUAUCUGUGACCUAUUUACAGACACUACUUUUUUCAUUGAGACUUAAUUUGUUUAAAAGUUUAAAAUGUGCGAGUGAAUAAUUUUAGUCCUUUUUUAAAAUUAAAAAAAAAAAAUAUUAGACACCAAUUAAGGAUUUUAAGCUAGGCUAGAAAUGAUGGACAUUUCGGAAAAAAAAAAUAGAAUUACUUCUUUCUAUUGCUGGGUUGAAACAAAAGCGGUUGCGUGGUGUCUGUAAAAGGGAGGUCUCCAGGGUAAAACGGACAAAUUAAAACUAGUUUGGGGGCUUAAUGUGCCAUGAAACUGCUAUGGCAGCAUAUAGACAUCUUGUUCUAUCAAACACAACAGUUCUUUUGGCUUAAAAUACAGCAGUUUAUUUUAAAAAAGGGUGCAAGAGCAGAAACUGCUUUUUCAGCCUUGUCAGUGUUUUCCGCCAUAUAUAUAUCGAUCGAGAUCGAUGUAUCGUUACACCCCUAUUCAUUUCAUAAUAAAAGUUUACCAUUUAAGUGUGAAUUCUUCCAUUUGUGUUUUUUGUUUUUCUUUUUAUUUAGGUUGAAUGAUCACUUUAUUUCAUGCUUUAAACUGAAAAGUAACAUGGCUGUAAAUUACUUGAAAAAACGUAAAAAUGAAACCAAAAGAAUAAUUGACUGACAGAAAAUAUAAUUAUAUAGCUUGUGGAAGGUGUUUUAUAACAUCUAAGCACUGAACUUUUUUUUUCCCGCUAGAAAGGAUAGUUUCGAUAAUUUAGGAGUUUGACCAAAAUGUGAUACAUGCACCGACUGGAUUGUGUGGAUUUAUUCCCAAAUAUUUUGGGCACUAUUGUUUCUCUAGUGGUUGGGGAAUUAGUUUUGUUUCGGAGAUUGGUCUCCUUUCAUUUGCAAUUGGUACUGUAUAUAACUGAUAGGUCAUGUGAUCUUUUUUUCUUUCAUGCACCAAAUGAAAAAAAAAAUUAAACUGCAACAACCUGGCUUUUCUUUAGCCAAAUUUUAAACAUUGCCAACAGCAUGACUGUUGUUUCAUGCAUUUUUGAAACUCACAAUAUUGUUGCGCUAUUGGGUGUGAUUGUUUCUUUCCAAAGUAAAAUAUGUUUAUAGAUUCACUACAUAGUCACAUAUUUCAAUUUUUUGUUAUAAAAAUGAUUAACUCAAGAGAUUAGAAUAUUUCAUAACAGACAAAAUACAUUUCAAGUGUUUCCCAUGUAUUUACUGAAUCCACAAGAGUAUUUGUAGUGAAACUGAAAUGCAGAAAUUAAUGAAUGUACAAUAUUCUAAUUUAUCGGGAUCCAUAUGUACUGGUUGGAUGUCUAGUGUGCAGCAGCAUGACUGUACCAGACUUUAAGCCCUUUCUUUACUCUGAUAAAUGUUUUCAGCAAAGUCAUGCAGAAAGCAUAUGAAAAUGUUUAAUAGCAAGUCUUAUGAAGUGAUCUUUGAUUUUUAUUUAAUAGAAAAGUAGGUAAUGGUUGUUUUAAAUAGCUCAGUCAUCAAUUAUCGCAGGGGACAUCCUAUCUGUUUUUAUAUAGUACAUGACAGUGUCAGGGCUGGCACCUCCAUUAUUUGUGUAUUAAAAUGAAAAUGUGAAGUAUGUUGCAUUUGUGUUGGGGGCGUACAGCGGAUUCAACACAAUUCAUUCAACACACACACACACACACACAAUCAUUGCUGGCGCACUUGUGGGGGGAAAAAAGACUUCUGCCCUGUACCACUUGUAAAAAUACAGAUGUCCUCCUUAGAGUCACAGUAAAGGUUUUUUUGGUGUGACCCUGAGCUGUACCUUGUCAUAAUAAAACGUAUAGUACCGCCAAGUUUGGAAAUAACUGAAAUGUUUUGUUGUAUGCAAUGAUUUUAUUUGCUCAAUGUUGAUCCAGAUGCUUUGUUUUUUGGUUUGUUAAUAUUCUUUCCUCCACAAUGAUGCUAUACGUAUUGGCAUACUAGCACUUGUCUACCUGGAUUUGUGUUGUACAGUACAGACUCAGUCAUACUGUAUGUAGCAAUGUUAGGGCUGUCAAAUACUCUGAAAUGUUUGUUCUCCGCAAUUUCCAGUACAGUAAUUUUUAAUAAUGAUAUUGUGAUCAAAACUUGACUAUGAAGGCCUGCUAAACCAUGCACACUACCUCACCAUCUACAAAUGUUGACAAGCACUGACACAAGGACUUACAGUACAUGCAUUCUGUUGCAAAGUUGAUCAAGCGAACCGCAGAAGAAUACAACAUCUUUCUUAAUCGUUGUCUCUUGAACUCAGCAUGACAAAUAUUUGUCACAGCACUGUUUUUCAGUGGCGCUAGUUGGUUUGGGAUGCUACAUUGGGUCUCACUUCAGGGAUUUCUACAAUAAACUUGAUGUUUUUAACAGAACAGUAUAUAGUUCAAACAAAUUCCCCUUAAGACAACCCACACAUUGCUGAUUGGGGCCCAUAAUUUAGCAUGAUCUUUCGUGACAUCUAGGGUCUCUAUGUAUUAGAUGGUUCUGAAAAACACAAUCUUUAUUCCAUUUUGUGAUGUGGUAAACGUUUUUCAUUCUUAGUUUUUUGAAUAUAUAUGUACACGGCUAUAAUGCAAUCAGGUCCAGUUUUUUCACAUAAGAUUAUAAUAAAUACAAUCACAGUGAAA